AUCCUCUUUCUGUCCCCGCCUCCUUCCCUCCGCCGUCGAUCCCGAUUUGUCCUCGAUCUGUCCAACCACUGGAAACGGCACCUCUCGGUUUAGCUGGAUGACGCGGGAAAGGAACCGAAACCCCCCGCCGCCAUGUCCAAUUCGUCCGCUUCCCCCUCCGCCGUUGUCGGGAGCGCUCCCACCAGCGAUGAGACCGCGUCGACCAUCACCGUGAAUACAAAAGGUCCAACCGCCUUCCCGCCGCCCAAGACCGACAAGCCGCGCCCUCACGUCUGCACGACAUGUCAGCGCUCGUUUGCCCGAUUGGAACAUCUGAAACGCCAUGAGCGGUCCCACACCAAGGAAAAGCCUUUUGAAUGCCCCGAGUGCACACGAUGCUUCGCCCGUCGAGAUCUCCUCCUGCGCCACCAGCAGAAGCUCCAUCAGACGACGACGCCCUCGUCCCGGCCACGGAAUCGCCGAGAGAGCGCCAGUAGCACUGCGCCUGGCGGGAGCCGCAUUCGGAAGAACAGCGUUGCAGGAGGAUCCGGUGCUGCCGCUGCUGCUGCCGGGGUACCGGGAACAAUGAGGCCUCGGGCAAAUACCAUCAGCCACGUUGACGUGCAAAUGGUUGCUGCCAGCAACGCUUCGGUUGCCAGAGGCAUGCCGCCCACGCACAGUCGCCAUCCGAGCCUCGCAGGAUUGCCAAUCCACAACAUGGACCACCACACUUUCGCGGGCAUGGCUUCCGCCCUCGGCCAUCGCGGCAUGAAUCACGGCCUGCCGAAGCUGGAGACGCACGGUAUCAACCUAGACUUCUCGGGCGGUCUUCGGACGGCUCCUGCCUUGGCCUUGGGUCAGGAUUUCGAUUUCGAGGCACUCCUAUUCAGCCCGCCAACCGGUUCCACCAUCAACCCGAACGCCCUCCACUACAGCGAUUCCCCACAAUCCAUGGCCAUGGAUCCCAUGUCGCCCUUCUCCCACGGGCUGCACGACAUGCCCGCCGGCCAGCAUAUGGAUGACCACUUCGACUGGUUGACUGGGUUCGAGCAACAGAUGUCCUUCACCAACGGUCUCAACGAGACUGCCGUGGAUGGGUCCUCCCCUUCGGCAAUAAGCACAACCAGCCAGAGCGGUAUCAGCGAUGUCAUGCUGGACGGCUCCAACCACCCAGCAACAAGCGUGGGGACGAGCUCUAUGUGGCAACCCGCAAUCAUGGGCCCUCCACAACUAGCAAACCCCUUUUCGCUUGACCUCGGCGGCUCCGUCUUUCCGGAUCUCAUGAACGGCGCACCAGUCUCGCCCCAACCUCCACCGCAAAAGAACAUGGGCGACGCCUACUUUUCCACACCGCCGCCUUCGUUAAGCUCUCUCAGCCCCUCGGUCAUUUCUGGCUUGAACGCCCAAAACCUGAACCAAGCGCUCAAUAAUUUCGGUGCCGGCCCGGAGACGCCCUCCUCGAUGAACGGUAGUAACCAUGGCACCUUACCCGUCUCGACAAUCACUGAUUCAACAAGAAAUGCCAUCCUAGGUGCCCUGUCGACGGCUCAGCCUUCCCAGUUUGGAAGCCGAAAGUUCUCCUUCCCGACACCGAGCUCGCCGCUCUCGCCUCACUGUCAGCCCCCAUCAGCGAGCCCAUCCGACAGCGGAAGCAACCUCCCGAGUACACAGGAUCUUCAGCGCUACGUCGGAGCGUAUCUUCGAUAUUUCCACCCUCACUUUCCAGUCCUACAUCUCCCCACCCUCUCGCUGGAGAUCCCUCCGCAAAACACGAGCGGCGGAGACAACGGGGUUGGGGGCAGCGGCUGUCUGAUCCUCUCCAUGGCAGCCAUCGGGGCGCUAUACGAGAUGGAACACGCGCAGUCGAGGGACUUGUUUGGGAUGGCAAAGAGGAUGAUCCAGUUGUAUCUUGACGAGAGAAGGAAGGCCAAUGUUAGAAAAGCCGACGGUUUCCGGCGUACUCCAAUUUCGGACCAAGGGUCUCAGCAGGCCGACAAUCCUGUCGAUACGCCGGUCUGGCUGGUGCAGGCGAUGCUUCUCAACGUCGUGUAUGGGCACAAUUGCGGAGACAAGCGCUCGGGUGAGAUUGCGUCGACCCACGCCGCGGCCCUGGUAAGUCUCGCUCAGGGAGCCGGGCUGUUGCGGCCGACGCGGAUGGAGGACUCGGAAGGACACGACGUCAAUAUGGGUGAUGAUGACGGGAAUUGGAGCAACGGGGCGAAGACCGAGGCGGAUGAACACGGGGAAUGGCUGCGAUGGAAGUCGAUGGAGGAGCGCAAGCGUACUCUCUACGCCGUCUUCAUCCUGUCGAGUCUACUCGUCUCGGCGUACAACCACACGCCGGCCUUGACGAACUCGGAGAUCCUCCUUGACCUCCCUUGCGACGAGGAGUUCUUCGCAGCCGAGAACGGCGCCGCCUUCUACGCCAAAGGAGGCACCGCCGCCGCCGACCACAAUCGGAUGACGUUCCACGAGGCCCUCGGCGAGCUCCUGAGGUCGAACGAGAAGCAGCAGCAGAAGUUCGCGUUUAAUAAUAGCCACCAGCCCUUCGGAUCGGCGGUUCAUCUCGGCAAUCUUCCCGAGAGCGAUCUGAAACCCAGCACCUUCGGCUGUUUGAUACUGAUCAAUGCGCUGCACAAUUACAUUUGGGAGACUCGUCAGCGCCAUCACAACAAGGUCUGGACCAACGAGGAGACUGAGAAGAUGCACCGGCAUAUCGAGCCCGCCCUCAAGGCAUGGCAGGCCGCCUGGGCGAGCAACCCCCACCACAGCCUGGAGAGGCCGAACCCCUUCGGCAUGGGCCCCCUCUCUGCCGACGCCAUCCCCUUGUUGGAUCUCGCCUAUGUCCGUCUCUUCGUCAAUCUCUCCCGCUCCAAGGAGAAGUUCUGGCAACGCGACUGGGACGGCAUGGCCGAGGAGCUUGCCCGUGGGAGCGAGAUAGUGCAGCAUGCCGAACAGUCGCCCGCCUCCAACACCGAUUCCGCGGGCACGGAUCCGUCGGAUAAUUCCGGGACCAGCCCUGUUUUCGUCGAUUCUCCGCCAACCCAGUCAUCGUCCCCCGACUUUGCCGCGAUGAAGUUCCCGCCGCCUCCGACCCCAAACGGCGUCCUAUCUCAACAUCAAAGGUCGCAAUCGCAAAUCCCGAGCCGCUCCAUCUCCCGCCGCGAGAGGCACUUGCGCAAGGCUGCAUUCUAUGCCGCCGACUCUCUAGCAAUGUCCGACAAGCUAGGCGUCACGUUUGCCGACUUCACCAGCCGCGAGCUGCCCCUGCAGUCUGCCAUGUGUGCAUUUGACUGUGCUCAAGUCCUGGCGGAGUGGGUGGCGACCCUGCAAGACCGCGUAGGACGGUAUCUCGGCAUUUUGGGCCAGGAUGACGUCGACCCGACCCAGGUGCCCGGCAUCAUGCUCCUCGAAGAUGAUGACGCGAAGCUUCUUGCCAGGAUUCAGGAAGUCCUUGCCGGCGCAGAAAUGAAGAUGAAUGUCGAGAUGGCUUCGAGUGGCCGCCCCAAUGGCCUCAACGGAAACAUGGGUGGGGGCGAACUCGGCGGUAUCGAUUGCGGGCUGCCAAUGGACGACCACUCGGGAUAUGCAGCAAAGAUCCUGAGGGUAACAGCUUACAUGCUGGAGAAAGCCGCCGUCUGGCCUGUAACCCGGUUGAUGUCUGCAUGCCUUGAAGCUCAUGCCAACCAUAUGCGAGCCCGUGCCGAGAAGUCCGUCAUGGCCAUCGAGUGAGAGACUCCGACAAACCUGUCCCGCUCAAUGUGUCUGUGUCA